UUACAGAAAAUAAAUAACUAUAAUGGCUGACGAAAUAACUUUAUUUUAAUACCGAACAUCGUUAUUUCUAAAACUUCUUAGCAAGUUUUCUCAAAAACCAACAGAUGAUUUAAGUUUUUGCAGUGAUAGAAUAUGCAAAUAGACUACCGUCAAAUUAAAAAUAAAAUUUCAUAAGAUACAAUAUAGGGUCUUAGGUGACCUUCAGGGUUCCCGUGACUGCAGUUCAAAAGCAUUCAAAAGAAAUUUUUCAAACGAAAUGAUAUGGCACGAAAGAUUCUGUCAAAUGCCUUUAAAAAGUCUUCUUCUUUACAAAUCAUGUUAAGGUGUAGUCGAUAAUUUACAUCCUAUCGUUUGUUAAACUUUCCAUGAGUUUAAAUAGAACAGUCGCGAGAGAAACAAUUCUGUAGUUCACUGGAAGUCUUUUUUUAAUAGCCAACUCCAUCAUGUUAGAUUGUCCAAUAAUCUACUGUAGUGCACAACUUUCAGCAAAAAUGAAAUAUUCACGUACCACAGUGCUUCAAAAAAGUGCAUAUCUUGAUUUUCUUUUUGGAAAACAAACCGAUCUACUCUCAAUUGAAUGUUACAGAGAUGCCAUUAACUUAAACAAGAAGCAAAAUGUGGAGUUACUUCUCUAUGAUAAGUCAGGUUUUAAAGCAUGGUAUUUGGUAUCAACAGUUCCUGUUGUUAAUUACUGUCUUGAAAAAGUGCUUAUUUUAGUGUUCUUUAAUGAAAUAGAGCAUUUACAAAAGUCAUUGAACGGCCAUGAUUCACCAAAAACAAAGUGGAAAAAAAUUGGAAAGCGAGUAAUGAUAAAAAAUGAAUUAAAAUUAUUUGUAAAAAGAAAAGUUAAUGAUAAUAAAAGGUCUUUAGAAGAAAUAAUCAACUUUUAUAAUCAGUUGUUUAUACCAUUCUAUGGGCGAGAAAAAGUUCAGUUACCAUUCUAUAUUAUUUCUCAAAAUCAUAUUUUGAAAAGAUACUGGGAUUUGUUUAUAUUGUUUAUCAUGGUGUACACUGCAAUAGUGCUUCCAUUUUCUAUCUGUUUUAAGAUGUACCCCACAGUUAUCAAUGUUUUGGAUCACAUCUUCGACAGUGCAUUUAUAGUUGACAUUGGAUUAAAUUUUAUCACAACAUAUGUUGACAAAAAUGGUGUCCUAGUCACUGAUUUAAAAAAAAUAAUGAUGAAUUAUUUAAAAGGAUGGUUUUCAAUGCAUAUUGUUUGUGCCUUGUUAUCUUUCAUAUCAUCGCUUUUUCAUAGUGAAAAGGAUUCUGUUUAUGCAAUUCGAACCUUAUUACUGGUCCGAUUACUACGAUUAACUAUAGCUCCUAAGAAGUUGCUUCCAUAUUUGGACAACAAUAUUUUUACAUUGUUUGCAUGGAUGCUUUUCUAUUUUAUGUGUGCUCAUUGGUUAGCCUGCAUAUGGUAUUUGAUUGGAUUUCAAAUUGAUGUCAUUGUUAAGCCAAAUAAUAAUGGAUGGUUAAGUGAUCUUAUGUCAAUAGAGAAUCUCAAUAUUAAUGGUAGCACUACAACAUUAAUUGCUAAUGGAAACGGUCCGGUUAUUGUAGAUUGCUACAUUACAGCUUUAUAUUUUGCUGUGACAAUCUUGUCAACAUGCGGAUUUGGAAAUUGGGGAAAUGCUGCAGAUACAUUGACAGAAAAAUAUUUUACAAUAUUUGCAAUGAUUUUCAGUUGUGUACUGUAUGCUUUUAUAUUUGCAAAAGUCAAUAACAUUAUUGCACAACUUUACCAUGCAACAAAUGAAUAUUCAGCACAAUUGAAUGCAAUACAACAUUUUGUCAAGACAUAUAAAGUUCCAAAUAACAUAGGAUCCCGUCUUGAAGAUUAUUUUAUAGCUACCUGGACAGUAACAAAAGGAGUUAACCGAGAAAAAAUAAUAAAUGGUUUUCCACGUGACUUGCAGUCAGAUCUCUGUUUACGCAUUCAUAAAAAAGUUCUUGAGAAGGAACCAUGUUUUAAAAACAUGUCAAGUAAAGCUCUGCGAUCAGUUUCUCGAUAUUUUUGGGUCUUAAGAACACCCCCUGGUGACAUACUUAUUACUAAUUCUGAGUUGUUGAACUCAAUUUAUUUUGUAGUUUCAGGAGCAUUUGAAGUAAGCUGUGAGGAAGAACUCAUUGGUCUAAUUGGGCCUGGUGAUUCGUUUGGAAAACGGCUUGUUGAACGACCAGAAAAAUCGGUUUGUGAAGUUAAAUCUACAUCCUAUGGUAUUGUACACAGUAUUAAUGUAGAUAGUUUAUUUGAAGCUCUUGCACUUUUCCCGGAAGAACUAAAAAAGAUAAAAUAUACUUUAAAGUUGUCCGUUGACAUUACGAAAAAGAUCCGAAAAGAUGAAAGUAAAUUUAGAGAAUUGCUUUUGAGCAGCUGGGGGAAAAUGACGGAAUCAAUGAAUGACGUAAGUUACUCUUCAUUUAAAGCAACCAAUCUUAAUCAGAAAGACUGUUUCAAUUUUAAUACAAAAACGAGAAAUAUAUUAACUGAGAAUAACCAAGAAGUCGAUAUUGAACUGUGUAAAAAAGUUUCCAUGGAAAUCUCUGAUGACAAAUUUAGUGCUAUAGAAAAGCAAUUAAAAAAUGCGCGAAAAGUUUUCAAGAAAAGAAGUAAUAAAGUAGACUGCGAACUAGGGAAUCAACUUCGUGAGUUGAAUUCUUUAGAUAAAAAAAAAUUUCCAAAUGAAAAUACUUUUGUGUAAUAAUUUUUUAAUCAAAAUGUUAAAUCUAAUUAAAAAAAUAAAUUUACUUUG